AUGCCUCCGCAGCCCACCUGCGAGACCGACAGCUCCUCCGACGAGGGGAUCGCUCGAUCCAAGUCGCGCUCUCGCUCCAAUGUCUCUGCCAAGCGCACCUCGCAGUCCGAAUUGGACAGGAACCACCAUGCCGCCCGGCCGAUGGACCUUACAAGUGAUUCAGGGUAUUCGAGCCGCACCGCCGCCACGGGUAGCAGCGCUGAUUCCGCCAAAAGCCCGAACCACAGAAGACGCUCGCCCGUGAAGCCUCAGGCCCCACCUGCCGUCCCAGACGCACCGGCCAUGGCUCCGGCCCCUGCCCAGACGCGCCCUAGACAGCCCGAGAGCCUCAAGAAGAAGACUGCCACGGCUCGCGAAAGCCCCAAGUCUUCCAAGACCUCCACAAAACACAAGGACAAGAGGCCAGUGCUCGUGCAGAAGUCUUCCACACAGGGAAGGACCGCAUCUACGACCGGUAAUAUCCCUCUGGCCAGAGCUGCAUCCGUUGGCUACCGUGAUAGACCGGACGCCCAGGAACAAGGUCUGGCCCCAAUGGCUCAAUCACUUCAGCUGCCUUCCAGACGCUCUUCGGUUGCUGGUUCCGAUCGCACUCAGUACUCAAGGAACAAUGUGUUGAUUCAAACUUCCCGGUCUGACCGACCUAGAGAUUCGGAACGUGAAAGGACUAGGCGCAACACGAUGUAUAACAGGGAUUUUGCCCAUUUGGAACUCGGUCCUACUCCCCGCCAUGAUGCCAGCGCCGGUGAUAGUAGAAGGAGAGAAAAGAUGCACAACGAGGUUAACAAAGUGGAGGCCUACCUGGCAGGCAUGAACGGCAACUAUACCACUGUCGUUGAUGGUCUGCGCACCAACCCUGCCCGGGGCCGUGCUUCCAGCAACGCUAUGCCAAUUCGAACCACCAGCCACUCGCAGCACAGCUUUGAUGGUGCCAGCCGCAUUAGUGAAGGCGCUCGCAGCACUUCAACGCGUAAGACCACCAGAGACGGAAACGUGGCAAUUAGGUUUGAGGGCAGUGACAUGUUCGUCGAAGGGGACAUGGGCGACAAGAUACUGAGGGUCACCACUGGAGAAGAUGGCAAUCAACAAAUCACGAUUGCCGACGCCAAGGGCAGAGAGAGGAAGUACCAAGGCGAGGGCAGUCGCGUUACCACCAACACGAGCAGCAGCCGAUCUCGAAGCGACCACGACAGCGCUCGCCCGCGUGGCGAUAGUCGCAGUGCUCAUGAUCGCGAGAUUGAGCUUAACCGACGCGGAAUGAAGCAACGAAGUGUUCGCUACGCCGAUGAACCCCAACGAGAGUAUUUUCGCCCGGAGCGGUCAUUUCGGCGAUAA